AUGGCAUCAAUUGGACGCACACUCCUACAAGAUCACGAUCCUUCUGUAGCUCAGAUCAACACUGACAUGCCGUCUCUCCCAGCUCUAGACAACCCCCUCUCAUUCAGAGUGAGAGGAAUAUGCGCCCAUCUCCAGGCUACCAGGCAACUGCAGCUGAAGCUGAGAGUGGCGAUACAGAGAGACAAGACGGAGGUGUUCUUCCGUCGGAUGCUGAAGGAGGACAAGGGGGCGGGGCAGUGGGAGGGGACUAAUUACGUCGACUUCCUCUGCCAGAUCCAUCGCGACAUCAAGGAGCUCCUCAACUGAGACUUGUGUAGUGUGACUAUUUUAGGAUUCAAUGACCCUCAAUUUCUCUACCAUACUAUUUUAUUAAUCCAACAAGUAUACAAAUUAAUGAUUAAUCCAACAAGUAUGCAAAUUAAUGAUUAAUCCAACAAGUAUACAAAUUAAUGUGUAAAACUAAGUAAAAUGUACUGUUUUUGUUUUGUUUACAGUUGCGGUCCUGCAUUGCUACUUGUUCUUUUCAUUUUCAUUUAAUUCGUGGCAAUUUCACGGAACCUCGCUGCCACGCGACCACGAAUGUCUUGUGGGAAUUUCAGCUCCAUUCUGAACGUGGUUGAGUUGUAGACCUGAGCCAUUAGUGUCUUGGCAGCCUCCAAGUACGGCUGAGGGAUGACGCGACGAAAAUGAGCCAGGGUGGGUGCAGGGAGGUCCGUGCAUAUGCUGUUGCACUUGUGGUUGAGGAAAAACAUGGCCAUCCCCUCCACUCCCAUGUCAGUAGCUCCGUAGCUCUCCUCCAGAGAGAUUAUGACGGGAUCAGUAAGCUUGAAGGAGUGUGGGUUUCGAACACCCUGUAGAUCUGCAACCAUCUCUUCCCCACCAGUGUAGUUCCACGACCAGUGCAUGAAGGCAGGCAGGCUCAAUGACUCGGUGCUGAUGUAGCCAUAGUUGUUGCACCAUUUAUUGAAUGUGCCAGGAAUGAAAUCUUCGCAGGUGACGUACUCAUGCAGCCUGGGUGUUUUGUAGGGGUCACUAGUGGACACAACUUUCAUGACGUGGACAUCUGUGAACGAUAUUGGCUUGGUGGUAGCAACUGCGUCGUUAAACCCAGCUGCAAGCUCUUUCGCUCUGUCAUUGAUUUUGACCGUCUCAUCCCAAUCUGUUGGCUUCCAGGUGUACGUUUCUUUGAACUCCUUCACGACGCAUGUGUGACCUGCAGCAUACGGUGGUGCCGUCCACUUUCCUCUGUACGCCCUGCGAAACCUUCCUUCCGCAAAUGAUUUAGAUUCAAACGUAGCUUGCCUAUCUUCUUCCAUCCCUUCUUGGGUUGUGUAAAUUCACAAGCUCUAACCA